AUGCUGGUUAUGGCCCAAUGUGCCCCAAAUCCAAGUUUUACAAUUCCAUCACUUGCUUCCUCUGUUUUGAAACCGGCACAAUUGACUCUGCACGACGUGAAAACAAGCCUCAACAAAACCGACACUUCCGUUCCCGUUAUUGGCGCACUUCCAUUCAAGGCGCAGUGCAAAUCAGCUGUUGCUUUAGUGAACGAGCGUCGCAUAGACUUUGUUCGGGCAAAGAAUGUCCGCACGAUCGGUCGAUUGUAUGGCAGCGCAAAUGAAAAGAUGAAACAUAAGAAGAAGGAACUGACCACUGCCAAGUCAGUGGAGAGGAUGUUAGUCUGGCAACACCCGAAGAAAAUCGGUCCAGGCUUUGCUAAUCUUGGUAACACGUGCUACCUUAACUCGGUACUGCAAUGUCUGACCCACACUCCUUGUUUUGCUCAGCUUUUAUUAGACAGAGAAGUGUUUGCGUUGUCUAAUGGCAAUGCAUUACCGUCCAGUAGUGGCCACACUAAAUAUAAAUCCGGUAAUGAUUUUGGCAAAAACGGGUUUUGUGCCAAGUUGGAUGCUAGUGGCUUUUGCAGUAUUCGUGCAAUGUCAAGACUGUUGCAAUCCGUGCAUGGUAACAACGCCGUGCGAGUCUUACAACCGAAAGAGUUUGUGAUGAAUAUUCGUCAUAUAUCAAAACGUUUUCGCAUUGGACGACAAGAAGAUUCGCACGAAUUUUUCCGGUUGCUUUUGGAUUCCAUGCAACGUUCCUGUUUACGAAAGGCGCAUAUCAAGAGUGAAAAUCAUCUGGUUGCAUCUACUACAUUUGUGCAUCGCAUAUUUGGUGGUAAACUAAAAAACUCGCUCAAAUGCGCCAAGUGCGGGUAUGUGUCGGAACGUUUUGACGACUUUUUGGACUUGUCGCUAGAAAUCUCUAGUGGCGUGAAUAGCGUCAAAGGCGCCUUGCGACAGUUUACCACCAUUGAGAAGCUGGACGUCCACAAUUCGUGGAAAUGUUCUAGUUGUGGCAAAUUCAGUUGUGCCGAAAAAGGUCUGACAAUUGCCGAGUGUCCAAACGUUCUUGUGAUUCAGUUAAAAAGGUUCGAUCUUAUGUUUGGCAAAAUUAAACGGCAUAUUGAGUUUUCUUGCUCCCUUGACAUUGCGUCAGGAAUGAGUAAAAUUUGCGAAGAUCGUUGUCAAGGACGUACUAAAUACGAGCUGCACGCAGUUUUGGUCCAUGCCGGAUUUUCUACGGAUUGUGGACAUUACUACGCCUUUGUGAAAGGAUCAUCCGGUCAAUGGUAUGAAAUGAACGAUGAUUCUGUGCGGUGGGUGAGUAUAGACACUGUAUUAAAGCAGAAAGCUUACAUGUUGUUCUACUCGCGAGUGUUACCCUUGUCUGAACGUUUAAAGCUGGAAGGAGAUGAGGCACAUUCUAAGGAAAAUAAUGAGACGAAACAAAGUCGAGUGGCGUCAAAAAGUAUGACAAAGUCGGUGCUGGCGACAACAAAAGAGUUAGACAUGAACGCAAUUCUAACCAGUCUAAAGAUGGUGGUUGCUAAUCAGUUAGAUGCUAAAACUGAUGACAACUUUUCAGAUCCGGCAAAGGUCGAGAAGGCAACUGUAACAUUUAAAGUCACGACGAAGCUGAUAGUGUCUUCAUGGGCUCUUCUUGCCCACCACCGAACGAAAGGUUCAAUACUGUCUAACUUUGGUGGUCACGUUGGUCGACUGUAUCGGUAUGGACUGGCAUUGUGGAAAUCUUGUCCGCGUUUGGUAAUGAACCAAUCUGUGGAGGAAGUGUUAGUGGAUGCCAUAUCGGACGCAAAUAAAAAAAAAGCUGUCACUUGCUCAAAAAAUUUGAUAGGUGCCAUACGAGUGCCGUUUAACCCCUGGCAUGUAAAGAAGGUAGGUGUACGCAACGCGGCGCUCUUUGGUCGAGAGGUGUACACGUGGGCUGACGAGACGGACGUCGAGUAUUCCAAGACGACGAGCAGUAGUGACACUACAUUACAUGAAACGAUUGACAGAGAGUUGACUGCAAAGCGUGACCGGGUGCUGAAUACUCUGAAACAAGAGGAAUGGAUACGCCGCAACACCGGUCGCCAGGGUUGCUGGGAUGAAAACCUUGACAAAGGCAAGGUCAAGAAGGUUAAGAAGCGCAAGGAGUUUGUCGCUAACGAAGGUCGUAAGAACAUCUUUCAGACGACUUUUACGGGCAAGAGAAAAGAUGUCAAGCGGCAGCGCACGACGGCGACCCCGCAGUUGUAG